AAUGCCUAAACGGUUUCUGAUGCUGAUAGUUCUGGCGUUGGUACAUACAGGAACGUGUACCGGGAUCAGCAACACGCAAUUCAAUGCAAGUUUACGGGAUUAUGCUGUGACUGAGGUCACUGAGGAUACCAAUUCCUCGGAUGUGAAAACUUUGCAGAAAGAGUUGUAUGAAAGAUACGCUCACUUAGCGCCGGUCAGCAACACAGUGCGGUUUAAGGAAGUACCAGAUAGUGCUUUAUCACCUAGUUCAGCACACGGUCGAGGACUGCUUCAUCUAAACCAUCAUGGGUAUGGCCUUUUGGAUCACGAAGAAACCCCUCAUUAUGGCUACGAGUAUCACUUCCCAGAUGAUCACCACGGUCAUUAUGAUGAUCACCAUGAUCACCAUGAUCACCAUGACCACUAUGACGAGCAUGAUCACCAUGGGCAUGAUCAUUACGGUCAUCACCACCUAGUCCAUCAUGACGAUUAUAAACAUGGCUACGGACAUCACUAUAAACAUUACGAUCAUGCUCUCGCCGCAAAAACAGUUCUGUGGCCCAUAGCCGGUAUCGCCUUAUUGGGGGCUGCAGCUGCGUUAGUCAGCAACCCAGUUCUUCUCCAACUUGGAGUCGUAUCAGGUCGAAGAAGAAGACGUGACACCGAAGAAACUAACAUCAAGCAAGAGAUAUUCACCAAAAAGGGACUCGAAGAUGAAUUUAUCAUACACAAUUUGAAUCAUUUCCAUAAGAAUAAUGACAGUACAUCCAAUUCAAAAGUGAAAAAUAAUAGAGCGAGCAGCACUAAAAAAGGGAUGUUAUUGAAUAAAGCCAAGAAUAACCGCCAUAGGUUAUUGUUCAGAAAUGUAAAUCCAACUGGAAAAACUGCUAUUCAAAAGGCUUUUAAUCAAAUGGAGAAUAAUAAAGAUUCUAUAGAUAAACAUUACAUUCCUAUACCGCUCAUGAUGAAAGACGAUGACAGUAACUAG